CUGUCAUUACUAAACACACAUUCCUUCUCCUCUUUACUCCUUAGCUCUAGCUCAGCAGUUUCAUUGGGCAGCUGCUGCUGUCAGUCAUUUUAGGGCAUUAGAGGGGGCUCUUAGCAUGCCCGCAGAGAGCUAGAAAUGUAGGGGGGAGCUGAAGGCCAGGUGGGGUGUUCGGACAAGAAGUUCGGAAUCAUUGUAAAAUUGCUUGUAUAGACGUGUGUAACUUAAAACCGCAAAAGGUGACAUAGAGACCUGGAUCCAGACCGACCCAAAUCCAAAGGAUUUUAUUGAACCCACCAGCCAAGAAAAGCAGUUUCCUUCCUGCUUGGACCCUGAACUCCUUCAGAUAUGGAGACUCAGCGGUCUGAGGUCAUGGAAGACUCCAAGACUAAAGAGGAAGGUGUUGCUGCAGAUGCAGAGCUUGCCAAAACAAUAAUGGAUCGGCGUUUCUACCCCUCUCUCCUCGGCCCAGAGCCCUGGGAAGGAUACAUCUUUUCUGACCUGAAGAUCCGCAUCAAAGAGUCCACAGACCUCUACGGAGCUGUGCUCUGGCCUUCAGCUAUGGUGUUGUGUCAUUUCCUGGAGACCAACCGCGACGAGUACAACCUGAAAGAAAAAAAUGUGAUUGAACUUGGUGCAGGAACUGGGCUUGUCACCAUCGUGUCCAGUCUUUUAGGCGCUAAGGUGACCUCCACUGACCUACCAGAUGUGUUGGGGAACCUCCAGUUCAAUGUUAUGAGCAACACCAAGGACAGAUGCAAGUACACCCCUGUGGUUACAGACCUCAUCUGGGGCCAGGACGUGGAGCAGCGUUUUCCUCGUGCUACACAUUGUUUUGAUUACAUCCUGGCAGCUGACGUGGUGUACUCCCACCCUUAUCUGGAGGAGCUGAUGGACACUUUUGACCAUCUGUGCCAGAAAAACACACAGAUCCUGUGGGCCAUGCGUUUCCGCCUUGACCCAGAGAACAGCUUUGUUGAUCGCUUCCGGGAGCGCUUCCACCUGGAGGAGCUGUACAACCUCCCCAGUCUCAGUAUCAAACUUUACCGAGCCUGGAGGAAGGACAAGAGGACCAAGGACCAGGGCGAGGGAGAGGCUGCUGCCUGAACUGUUACCACUUGGGACAUUUUUUUUGUUCUGCGUUUUGUGAUUGUGCCUGUGAAAACUGAACUCACUGAUUCAUUCAAAUUUGUGAAUUGUCUUAGUGAACCUAAAGCGACUCUUCACUUAAAUACUCCAUGAAGUUUUCAUGUGAUUCAUGUGAUUAUAGUUUGAUACCUCAGUGGUCUCUUGCCGAGUAUAUCUCAAAAUGUGCAUCUGCUGUAUUUAUCUUGAUCUUUAAUAAACUAUCCUGAUACAUCAUAAGGCAUUCACCCUAACCAUGAUGAAAGAUGACA